AUGGCCGACAACGAGAACAAGCCCGUCGACAUCUUCCAGGAUGUCGGUGAAGCUGCCGAGAACGUUACCGACAACAACCAGGUCGUCCAGGAGAUCGAGUCUCUCUGCAUGCAGUGUCAUGAGCAGGGAAUGACCCGUCUCUUACUCACCCGUAUUCCUUUCUUCAAGGAGGUUGUGUUGAUGUCCUUUGCCUGCCCUCACUGUGGUUUCCGCAACUCUGAAAUCCAGAACGCCGGUGUCAUUCAGCCCAGAGGUUGUAUCCAGACACUUCAGGUUACCUCCAAGGGUGACCUUGACCGUCAAGUCGUCAAAUCCGAGACUUGCUCUUCCACAUUCGUCGAGCUCGACCUCGAGAUCCCACCACAGCGCGGCCAGCUUACCACCGUCGAGGGUCUCUUGUCCACCGUCCUCGAGGACUUGGACGCCGAUCAGCCUGCGCGCAAAGACGUCGACCCCGAAACAUACGAGAAGAUCGCAGCUUUCAUCCAGAAAGGACGCGACAUGUUGGAGGGCCGCGCUUUCCCCUUCAUCCUCCGCCUCAACGACCCAGCCGGUAACUCAUGGAUCGAGCCUCAGCCCGGAGACCCGCAGACCAAGUGGUCCCGUGUCGAAUACGACCGUACACCAGAGCAGAACCAGGCUUUGGGAUUGGCGAACCCUGAAGAGGGCCAGCAGGAUGACGACGAUAUUCGCCCAGAUGAGGUUCACACGUUCCCUGCAUCUUGCCCAUCAUGUACCCACCCUUGCAACACUCACAUGAAGUUGGUCGAGAUUCCUCAUUUCAAGGAGGUUGUUAUUAUGUCCACGGUAUGCGAUGACUGUGGGUACAAGAGUAACGAGGUGAAGACUGGUGGAGAGGUUUCCUCUCUGGGUCGCAAGAUCACUUUGAAGGUCGAGGAUGCCGAUGACUUGGCUCGUGAUAUUUUAAAGUCCGAGACCUGCGCCCUGUCUGUCCCUGAGCUCAACCUCGACCUCCACCCUGGUACUUUGGGUGGUCGUUUCACUACUCUGGAGGGUCUGUUGGCGCAGGUUCACGAUGAGCUGUACGGUCGUGUCUACUCCCAGCAGUCAGACUCCAUGGAGACCGAGAAGAACGAGAAGUGGCAGGCUUUCCUUGACGGUCUGUCCGAGGCUCGCGAGGGUAAGAGGCAAUUCACCAUCAUCCUUGAUGACCCGCUCGCCGCAUCAUACCUCCAGAACAUCUACGCACCUGAUCCGGACCCGAACAUGACCACCGAGGAUUACGAGCGUACGCACGAGCAGAAUGAGGAUCUUGGUUUGAACGACAUGGUCUUGGAGGGAUACGAGGAUGAAAACGAGAACGAGGCUGCUAAGAGGGAGGCUGAGGAGGAGGCCGGCAAUGCUGCCAAGAGGCAGGAGACUGAGACCCAGGCGUAAAGGGUAUAAAAGACGGACGACGACACGAUAGGCGUAAGUUUUUGAUAUAUUUUUGGCUUUCGGUUAAGCGUUGUCUAGGCGUCGCAAGAGAUAGUCCAC